GCGUCCCGCUAUCCACUUGUGAGCAAACACUCGGCCAGUUUGUGCCCCAAGAUGUUGCUCAUACUCAUAUCGCUGGUGGCUUGCGCUUAUUGCGCAGAAUUCACCCUACCUGGUGAAUGUCCGAACGUGAAAAUACACGAGAACCUGGAUUAUACCAAGUUUUCAGGCUUAUGGUACAAUGUAGGCAGCUACGCUAGCGAUGGUCGCAGUAUCUACGACUGUGCCUCUCUCGAAUUCCAAGAAGACAAUCUUGGAUACACCCUCAGAGAGACUUAUGUGGAUACUGACAACGGGAACCGAACUCAGAAGUCGUAUUUUGCAAGAGUGGACCCUACUUUUGAUGCUGGUACCAAGGCGCAGUUCAUAGUCAGUCAUGAAGAUGGAGACAAAGUUCUCCAAUUUCCAUUCUUCAUAUUGUCUACGGACUACGACAAUUACGCGAUCGCAUACACCUGCAAGACUUUAAAGAAGAAAAUGAGGACUCAUUACGUUUUUACCUGGGUGCUGUCCAGAAAUAAGGAGAAGCUACAAGGCCAGAACUUGGAACGAAUAGAAGCUGUUCUAACGAAGUAUUCCGAGUUAGCCGAACACAGAAAGUCAUUUGUGCUGAAAGAUUUCUCAGACGCAAGUUGUGCAUACACAGAAAAAUAUGGAGUAGACUUUUUCACAACUAACUUCUGGUGAUUUUAACAUUAUUACUUCACAA